AUGCCAUCUUCACAUCAUAAUAUUAUUGAAAGAACUCCUUCUUCACCACCUUCACGUCAUCAUAAUAUCAUUAAAAGAAUUCUAUCUGCUUCAUCACGUCAUCGUAUUAUUAAAGGCCACCCUGUUAAACAAGAAAUAUUUAUUAUUAGAGAUUCAACAUAUAGAUCUUAUAGUCUUUCCGCUACUAAUCCUAAUAGUAAUAGUUUGGGUAGACGUCAUUCUCGUUUAUUCGAUGCCUUUUCUCCAAUGUCUUCAGAUCGAAAAGCAAAUGAAACUUCACCAGUAUCAUCCAUGUUUAGUAAAGAAACUGAACUAAAUGUAUCGGAAAUGCCUGUUGACGAACUAAAAAAGACUUUAAUAUCCACUAAAAAACAAUUAUUAGAGGCUGAAAGCAAUGUUCCAAGCCAAUUGGAAAAUAUCGUAACAAAAGAUGCAGUUAAUAAUGAAUCAUCUCUAAGACAAAAGGCUGAGGCUGCUGUUGAACAAUUACAAUCUAAACUUCAAUCGAAUAGUCAAGAAUUGGAUGAAUUGAAAAAAGAAAAAGAUCAAGUACAACAAUUUAUUAAAGAUUCACAAUUAACAAGACAACAUUUAAAUGAAUUAGAAAACAACUUGAAGGAAUUGAGUGUCCAGAAAGAAUUAAUCAUUAAAGAAAUUGAAGGAUUGGCUAAUGAAAAGCAAGCUGAUCUUCCAAAAUCUCUUGCAAAACAUAUAUCUACUCAUCUCGACGAAGUCAAACAAACUUAUCUCAAUGAUAUAAGAUCGUUACAACUCGAACGUGAUGCGUUGAAAAUUGAGACAGAACUACUUCGCAAAGAACGAGAACAAUUACUUGAAGAUACUCAAAAGUUGAAUGAAAAGAAUUUAGAAUUGGCAGAAAUGAAUAAUGAAAUAAACAAACAGAUUGAACUGCAACAUAAAUCUAAAUUAAAUAAUGGAUUUAAUUUUUUCAAAAGUAAUAAAUCAGCAACUCCGUCAUUAACAUCGAUAUCAUCAUAUUAUGAAAAUUCAGACACUAAUAAUCGUCACAAUAAAUCCUCAAGUCAACACCAUCAUCAUAAAACACCAUCCUUGUAUAAUUAUGAAGCUGAAGUCUUGGAAAAUUCUACAGUGUCGGUACAAGUUCAACGAAAUAGUAUUGCAAGAGGCGAGACUCCAAAGAAAUUUAAAUGGAAAAAAGGAAACGUCUUCAAUAAAAUACUUGCAACCACUGCCACCGCCAUAGAAAAUAAAUCGCCUUAUAAUAUUAGUACACAUAAUAGCAAUUCUUCAAUAAGCUUACCUAUCACGAAUCAUGACAAUAGAGCUGAAGCUAAACAAAAAAUGUUAUUACAAAUGUUACAAAAUCAGGAAUCGCAACGUAAACAUAACUGGGAACAACCCAGUCCGCCCCGUAAUAAUGUUAAAUGUGAUUAUUGUCAAGAAAGAAUACUUAGUAACGAAUUGCGAUGUACAUUAUGUGGGUCAUGUAGUCAUAUAAAAUGUCAUACUUUUAUAACUGCUCCAUGCUAUAGUAAUAUUGAAAAUGAUUCUGAUAGUAUAACAUCAUCAAUAUCAAACAUAGUGGUAUUUGGUAAUGAUUUAACAAAACAAGCAGAAUUAGAGGGCGAAGAGGUACCAAUUGUGGUUCAAAAAUGUAUAAAAGCCGUUGAAAUCAGAGGAAUAUAUCGUAAAUCCGGAGGUGCAUCACAAAUGCGAUCAAUUGUAACUGCAUUUGAUAAAAACCUAGAGAUUGAUCUUGACAGCUCUGAACAAUUCAAUGAUAUUUCUGCAGUUACUAGUGUUUUAAAACAAUAUUUGCGAGAACUACCUAAUCCAUUAUUCACCUUUGAACUGUAUUCGAAUUUUAUAGAAUUGGUUAGUUUGGAAAAUAAUGAAGAAAAAUCAGAAACAUUCAAACAAUUAUUAUUAAAAUUACCAAAGGUUAAUUAUGCAACAAUAAAAUACUUGAUGUUACAUUUAUCCAGAGUAAAAGAACACGAGUCGGAAAAUUUAAUGAAUUCUAAAAAUCUUUCAGUGGUUUUUGGUCCAACAUUAUUACGUGGUCCAAAUCCAAAUACAGAAAUACUUGAUAUGAAUUACAAAAAUUCUGUAAUUGAAUAUAUUAUAGAAAAUGCUAAUGUGUUAUGUUUACAUUAUCAACUUACUUGGUAG